AUAAGCCAGUGGUACAGGGAUCACUGUGUAAGCCAGCGAGACGAGCGGAGAGGUGCACAGCCUCUGGUUAUAAGUCUUGGGAGUUGGGACCUUCAGCUCCAAAGCCACUGCCCCGCCACACUCCUGCCUGACUAACCUGAGUGACGGACGGAGUUGCCUCCACUCCCUCUCUGUCUCUCCCUCCUUCUUUCCAUCCCGGAGAGUGAAAGUGCAUAGUUUGGGAAGGUGUUUCUCAGACCUGCGCCUGGACAGCUUGAAAAACAGCAAAGAGAGGAGAGCUCUCUUUUCUGUCCCUUUUUGGGCUCACCAUCCCCUUCCAAGGAGCACGUGAAUGGACUUUUAAAAGUUUUAUUUUUUUUAUUUUUGCUGAAAACAGAAAUAGCAAAAUUGAGACAAGAGCUUGCUCCACCUGCAGCUGAUCAUACCUUAUUUUGACUUGUGAUUUAGUUUUAAUUUUUGGAUUUUUUGGAUUUCCCAGCACUUGUUAGCAGCACUGGACCAGUUCAAGGAGGCAGUUUUUUGCCCCGGAGGAUACAUCUCCUCCUUUUUGGCUGCAUAUUCACUGAACAUCUGAAACACUCACAUCUCAUGGGAGACUCACUUGGUUGAAACAAGGAGGGAGGUAGAAGAGACAGCCACCUGAAGCGUACACCUACAGCUCCCCUUUACUUAGUGCAACCCCCCCCCCUCCAGGAGAGAAAGUUCUUUGAGUGUAUGAGAAGCCUGGGAUGCUGACGACCAUGCUGUUGCUUCCUGUCUGUGUGCUACUGAUGCUUGGGGCGCGUGCUCUUGCUGGAGGCUAUGCUCCCGUACCCCACAUGAAGUACAUGCAGCCUAUGAUGAAAGGACCCAUUGGACCACCAUUUCGAGAAGGCAAGGGACAUUAUGUUGAUAUGCCACCCAUGAUGAAGGGGGAAACUGGCCCUCAAGGAAAACCUGGACCAAGAGGCCCCCCUGGGCCACCAGGACUUCCAGGAAAACCCGGACUGGGAAAUCCAGGUCUCAAUGGACAGCCUGGCCCUCAGGGGCCUCCUGGUUUAACAGGAAUUGGUAAGCCUGGACUUCCAGGUCUGCCUGGAAAGAUUGGACCAAAAGGGUUUCCAGGAAUUAAUGGCGAAAUUGGGCCUCGUGGUGAGCCAGGUUCCCGUGGACCUCCUGGGCCCCCUGGCAUCCCUGGUCCAGCUGGUCUGUCUCUAAAUGGAAAGCCUGGACUCCCAGGUAUCAGAGGUCCCCCCGGGACUCGUGGUGAGCCAGGAAUAAAAGGCCUUCCUGGCCCACCAGGUGAACGUGGACUUAAAGGUGAAAAUGGAAAUGGAAAACCAGGGCCCACGGGUUUAAGGGGUCCUCCAGGUUUGAAAGGCAGUACGGGGCCACCUGGUUUAUCAGGCAUUGGCAAACCAGGACCAAAAGGUUUGCCUGGACUGCCUGGAUUUAAAGGUGAUCAAGGACUUCCAGGAGAUCUAGGAGAACCAGGAGAACCAGGGCCACCAGGUUUACAAGGUCUGCCAGGGCCAGUUGGGAUAGGAAAACCUGGUCUUGAUGGACUUCCAGGAUUACCAGGUCCAGUGGGUCCAAAAGGUGAAUCAGGGGUCCGGGGAAAUCCUGGCAUGCCUGGGACACCAGGCUAUGGAAAACCUGGUCUAAUUGGACCUAAAGGAGAAAAAGGUCACGGUGGACUUCCUGGUCUUCCGGGAGACAAAGGGGAAAAGGGAUUGAUGGGUCCAGGUGGGCAACCAGGUCUUGAUGGAUUACCAGGACCGACAGGUAUUCAAGGGCCAAAAGGGCUCCCAGGAAACCAUGGAAUUCCUGGGCUGAAAGGAGACAUAGGACCCCAGGGCCCCCCAGGAUUGCCUGGACUUAGAGGUGACCAAGGCCCCAAUGGGAUCCCUGGUAAAUCUGGAAUCCCAGGUGAAAAAGGCAUCCCUGGACCUAAUGGUCCUAUUGGAAAACCUGGUCCCAAAGGUGAGCCAGGACUAAUUGGCCAACCUGGUAAUCCAGGGCUGACAGGUGGUCCAGGGCCUAAAGGAGAGGCUGGAUUCAUGGGGACCCCAGGCCCCAGGGGCCAGUCAGGCAUUCCUGGUCUCCAGGGGCCUAUGGGUCCAAUGGGCCCACAGGGUGUCCCUGGAACAAGGGGUGAACCUGGACUUCCAGGGCCUCCAGGGCUGGGGAAGUUUGGCGAAAAGGGAGGAAUGGGUCCCCAAGGUCCUCCAGGGAAACCAGGCCCUGCUGGGCUUAACGGUCACCCUGGCUUGCCUGGUCCUCCAGGUCCUCCUGGUCCUCCGGGAAAUGGUCAAACUGUUGUUGCAGGGCCCACGGAUACAGGGUUGGGUGGGGAGGAAAUACCAGGCAGGAAGGGGCCUGCGUUCACUCAAGUUCCACUCUCUGCGUCUUUAGCACCCGCCUUCACGGCCAUUCUCUCCACUCCGUUCCCUCCCUCCAGCAUGCCAAUCAAAUUCGACAGGACUCUGUAUAAUGGACAAAAUGCCUACAGCACCUCYACUGGCAUGUUCACCGCUCCGGUAUCCGGUGUCUACUACUUUGCUUACCACAUGCAUGUAAAGGGAACCAGCUUGUGGGUGGCUUUGUACAAGAACAAUGUACCAGCCACUUAUACUUAUGACGAAUACAAGAAAGGCUAUAUGGACCAAGCAUCUGGUAGUGCUGUCCUAGAGCUUAAGGAAGGCGAUGAAGUAUGGGUCCAAAUGCCUUCAGAUCAAGCAAACGGCCUUUAUUCUACCGAGUACAUCCACUCCUCYUUUUCAGGGUUCCUGCUCUGUCCCACAUAACCUUGCCCUUUCCUUGAUCUUGUAACAGUGCCUCAGAGCAGCCCUACCUAAUGUCAAGAUACCUGCAGUCAUAAAAGAAACACAAAACCAGUAACGUUGUCACCUUGUUUCCAUCAACUUAUCUUUCUCACCCUCGACAAUAUCAGCUCAGCAAAAAAGAAAAACUUUGUGAAUAAAAUAYGAAAAAAAGGCAGGGGAAGGUUUCUUCAUGCUGUGUUCCUUAUUUUAAUGUGUUUUCGUUUUGUCUGGGKUUUUUUUUAGCCUCUAAUGUUUUAAUUAUUUUAUUAUGUUUUAUUGUUAUUUGAUCCUUGUCGUCAUUGCUUGUGUUCGUUGGAUUCAGAGUUUUAGCUGCCUGACUUUGUAUUGUGACUGCAUAUCCUGCCCGCAUGCUCAGACAAUGAGGUUGACAUGACCAGACCUUGGAAGAGGAGGGGKGGUUAGCUCCCCUGGCUGCAGUCACGCUUGUAUGUGUUAUUUAAACCAUUACCGUCAACACGAGCAGUAGUUCAUCAAAAGAAAUAGAGAGAAAUGAMGUAAUACAACAAAGUGUGUGAUGGUCUGAUACUAUUACUUUGCCAUUGCUACCCCCUUCUCUUAUUUUUUUGUUUCUGAUUUGUUUGGUGCUCUGAAACAAUAGUAAAUUUUAAGUUUUCAGCUGAAACUCAACACCUUCAUCAUUGUGAGAACUUUAUUUUAUGAUUAAAUCAAAUAAAAUAUGACUUCACAAUAAAAUAGCCAAAUUGAUA